CCGACACAUCUCGUGUUUUUAUUUACCUGAGUGACUCUACGACGAGAACCGGCUGCAGUCGUUAUUCAUGGGGCCAGACGAGCCCCCGAGGACACUAAACAUGCUUCACCGGUGACACCUCUUUAGAUAAAGCUUCUUUAAAAAACGAACCAUGUGGAGACUUCAGGGUUUUGUUGGCAGAGUUCUGCAUCGAUACCAUGCCAGCAACAACCCCCUGCGCCUCCCCCAGAACCAGGGGCAGUCUCAGGGACUGGGGGAGGUUGAGGUCAUCAACAGCUCAGCUGUCCUCUCCACCUCUCGACACUCCUCUGACGGCAGCUCACAGAAGGAGGAGGAUGACGAGAAGAGGAAGAAACAGAGGACCUUUCAGUUUGGCUACGCUGAGCUUCCACGUUACACAGCCCUGGAUGCUGUGGGAUGGGGUGCUGCAGCGGUUUUGUUCAUGCAGAUCUGCAGGAGGAUCCACUCCCAGUUCUCCUCCAGCACUGAGCCGAGUCCGAUCCCUGGAGCCCUGACAGCUCGCUCCAACCUGCACAAGUGUGGCUACCGCAUUCUGCUGGAGAUUUUGUCCAGACGUGAUGUCCUGCCCAGAGGGAGGAGUGUGUUGUGUCUGCAGGGGGUGCCAGAGAGACAGAAUCAGGAUCAGUCCCCGGCUCAUAGCAGCAGCAGCGGCAGUUCAGGUGACGCCAGUGUUCACAGCAGCAGUGAGCAGGACCAUCUGACUGCUGACUGCUCCAUCUCUGACCAGCAGAGGACACUCCUGAACCAUGAUUCUCCUUCACCUGAGGAAUCACUUCUGUCAGCAUCUCGUCCUCUGCAGAAUGACGCUGACCAAGACAUCACAGAAACAAAAGAUGCUAAUGACAAGGACAUGUUGUCAGAUGAGGAAAGGCUGGCAGGAGCGGCACUGAAUCUCAGACAUGUGGGAGAAACCAGCAUCCCUGUUAUCCUUAACAUUAUUGGUCUCGAAAGUGCCAAGAGUGGGAACUACGAGGAAGCUUUUACAUGUUUUGCGGCUGCAGCGAAGCAGGGUUACAGCAAGGCCCAGUUCAACCUGGGUGUGUGCUAUGAGAAAGGCAGAGGAGUCAACAAGGACAAAGAGAAGGCUCUGUAUUACUACUGGCAGGCAGCAGUUGGGGGUCACAAACAGGCUCAGUACCGCUAUGCAAAGCUGCUCCUGACCAGCAGGGCGCACCAGAGUGUAGAGGAGCUGAACACAGCCAUCAGCUUACUGGAACAGGCUGCUGCAGCUGGACUUACCAAGGCUCAGGUCUGCCUGGCUUCAGUCUUCUCUCAGGAGCCGGUGAGAGACGGGAGCAAGUCCGUCCAGUACCUGAGGAUGGCAGCAGAGAGAGGAGAUGACACCGCCCUGCUGUUCCUUGGUCAGUGUUUCGAGAGCGGAUUUGGGGUGCAGCAGAAUCUGAGGACAGCGAUUGAAUACUACAAACGAGCCGCUCUAGCAGGCAACAAGCAGGCAAAGAGCCUACUGACGCCUCCUAAGGAUAGAUUCACCAAGGAAGAUGCCGUGCUCCGCUCCAUCCGUUCAGCUCCAUGUUUCUCUGCAGCCGACCGGUGGCUCCAGCCGCAGCUCUCCUCUCUGGCCAGUCAUUCACCUCCCUCCACCAGCCGCCCCAUCACCCUUCCAUUUCUGCCUCACUCUUGGAGCACCGGGAGCCUGUGUGUCUCUCCUGUCCUGUCCUCCAUGCCUCUUAACGUCCAUCCCUGCAGCGAUGAGGGAGGAACCUGCCAGUGGACUGUAGGGAUAGGUGUAUAGGAUAUCCUGAGCCCGCACAGGUCAAGCCAAGGAAUGUAUUUCAUAGCAUGAAUGUGAGAAGAAAGGUCAGAAGUGUGUAAGGUAUGUAUGUUUAUUGUGAAGUUUAGGUUAAAGUAGAUUUUAUACGUGUGUAGACACUUAAGUAUGUUGAGGAUUUUUUAUAUGUCUGAGAGAGUGGUUGGAUUCAAGGUCUUACAACAUUAUAGAAUGAGAUAUGGAAGCUUUUCUAUAUCUGUUUCUAUACAGAACAGUGUUUUCUGUGAGACAAUUUCUCCUGUGAGAAACGAAAUGUGUUCUGGGUGCCUUUGGGUGGGUUGACAAUCUUAGAUGUUUCUCUCCCUACUAAUGUUGGAUUAAUCACUUGAAAAAAAGUUUGGUAUAACUGUGUCUGUUAACUAUAUUGCAUGGUUUCACACAUCUGAAACUGACAAAGUGCUUUAAAUUAGUGUCAUGUUUAACCUUUAAUGAUAAGGCAUCAUUGUGAAAGAACAAUUUCAGAGGAGAUCAAAGGGAAUGUUUUCUGAUAGCCCAAACUGUUAAAUACACCAAAGUGAGUUAUAAUGCGCUUUGAGGAGGAUGUUGUACUGUUAACGCACAAGCUAAGUAAAAUAAUAACAAUUUAAAAAA